CAUAGAUGCUGGUGUAUAACGCUGUGGCUGCCUGGAUAAUAUCGUAUCGAACUGCCUAAAUCGACGUGAUGUGCCCAUGUCUUGCAGCUUACGGCGAAGCGGGCUUGCGUCAUUGCAAGGAUAGGAAUUCACUGCAGAUGAUACAUGCUUCCUUCUUUAUUUGUCAUUUGAAGAUACGGACAAUGUGACAAAGCAAAGAGAGAAUCUUUGUCACCCCCCUUGCAACCCAUCGCAGGACAAUGACGAUGACGGUAUACCAGAUGGGAUGGUUACAUGCUUAGCCGCAGUUAGUGGUGGUGAAAGCCCGAUCAUGCCCUCGAGUCCCCCCUGCUAGCCUAUGCAGCAUCGAAUCACGGACAAAUAGCAGAAAAGAGACAAAAGUUGACCCGUUCAUUCUGAGAAACACGUAGUGUUGCCCGCGAUGUCACGCCAACGAGGAGGGGGGCGUGUGAGCGUUUCGGAGCACUCCGUUAAGAUCCCUUUUUAUAUCCUUUACGACAUUUGAGUUUUGUUUGACGAAGCAAAGUAGCUGCGUGAUCCAAGGUGCUUAUAGAGCAGCGCCUAAAAAUAUACUGCUCGUUAUGUGUCCAUUGAUAGUGGGCAGCGGGCACGGGUAUGAUGCAGCACUUCAUCGUCGCUGCAUGUGACUACCGAAUGCUACUGCAGCAUAGCCAAAACUUGCUUGCUUUUGUCCAUUGUUCUCUUUCUGGACAUACCGAGGAGCGGACAAGCAAAAAUGUAAAGUAUCUGUCAGCCAUCGUAUGCCCGCGUAUGUGACCCCCAAAGCUGGCGUUGGUGAAGCUAUCAAUAUCACUUAGAAGGCCGUAGUAUUGGUGGUUGGCGUGCCGGUCGGUCGGUAAAACGCCAAAAAUCAUAUCAUCCCCCCAAAACCAGCCGCGAUAGCAUAAGGCGGCAGCUACUACAACGGCGGUGGCUUGCUUGCCAAAAAGAAUUCCAAUUAUUUUAUCUUCACAUGGAAUGUCUUGCCCCUGUUCUACGUCGACGGGGGCGCCGCGCACAGGAGCCGGUGGCCGUGGAGUGUAAACCAAGAUGGGCUUCUGCCGGCCUACGUGAUGAGCACAAACAGGAAGCAUUCUUCGAGCAGUAGGGCGGUGGCGUGAGGCCUCGAGAUUCUGUGCUGCGCCUCGCUGCGUAUUGUCAUUGGUCCGGUGGCCUCUUCCCAUGGUGGUGGUGUGUUGCGGCCAAUGUGGAAAAAAGUUACAGAACGAGAGAGACAUGCAUUGCAUACGUACAUGUAUGGCCUUUCCGGGCGACACAGCCUUUGUACAGUACUUUGUCUGGCUUUUAUUUUAUUUUACUCUGCAUUUAAUUAUCUUUCCUUUUUCGUUCUACAUCAUCUUGGUUGCCUUCUCCCGCAACCAGUAUUUUUCAAUAGCGUACGCAAAAAAGAAAGCAAACGCAGCCACGCCUCGUGUCUCGCACGUGUAGAGUCAGCCCGUAGCUUCCUUCUUCUUUUCUUUGUCUUCCAAUAGUCGAGACUUUUAUCUCAUAUUUCUUUUCUUUUGUCACCGCGCCAGAAAACGUGGCGGCGUCGAAUUCCAAGUCGUUCCAUGACACGCGCCACCACCGCCACCACGUUUUUUCUCUGCUCUUAUGGUCGCCUCUUUGCCUGUUACUUUCUUUUUUUUUGAUGGCCUGGCUUGAGGGCGUGUGCGUAAUAGCUGGGUAAGGCGUCUAAUUCUUUUUGGAAUCUAGGCCCUUCUCGGCGAGGCAGCGCUCCCGAGUCACGCCACUAUCAACUUGCAAUAUGGACGCCUAGCGGCUUUGUCCGGUCCUGAAACUUCCUUUUCUGGUGCCUAGGGAGAAUACUAACAGAGUUUGCUGCUAGGCAUCAUCGUACCAUGUAUUGUAAAGUUGUGUAGAGGGGUAUGCUACCGGAGACUGGUCAUCCAGCGUUGGUGAGAAGAUUGUUGCCAUUAGAGGCCUCACAGCUGGAAGGACAUCAUACUUAAGGCCAUAGCUAGAAGGGCUCAACUGUCACAUUAGACAACAAUAACCUGCCGCUAUUUAAUGCAUUUAUUGUAUUCAGGUCUAAUUUGCUGAACAUGAGUUUUCUAUAAGAUACCUAUAAGUUAAUUGGUAUGAUUAGGCAACUGUAUCCGCUGUGUCCACCAACAGCCUCGUCGGCGAUUAGACUAUGCGGCAGCCUAGGCGGGGUAGCUUGGAAUAACUACCACCUUCAACUACUCAACUAUCACUCACAAACCUAAGUAAUACAUAGCCUUAAAGAUAUACAAUGUCUAUUUCUGUUCGAUUAGCCACAAUAGACGAUCUCGAGGCUAUCGUCGAUAUCGAUGUAGCAGCAUAUCUCGAUACUCCGUUUCGCAAUGCCAUGUUUCCAGCCUCGAAAAGUGUAAAACCAGGCACUGAGGAUCAAAAGGAGUUUUUGAGAGAGCAGAUACGACCGGCAAUUCAAUCCACGGCGCGACGAUGGAUUGUAGCCGUCGACCACGGCGCCGAAGGACUGGGUGAGCGUGUCGUUGGCUGUGCACAAUGGACACCUCCUCGAAAACGCGACGCUCUGACAUUAGAGAAUGCCGACAAAGCAAAAGAUACGGACCAAAAGAGCUCUCCUAACAUACCGGCAUAUGUUGAUAUGGGUGCUGUUCAAGCUGCAAAUGCAGAAAUCGAGAACCUCAUGACCAAUGGAACUAGUGCGUUUCAAGAUAAAGAUCGUGCGGAUAUGUGGACGCUAAGUGCAAUUGGUGUCGAUCCCAACCAUCGUCGUAAGGGCGUUGGUAAGAUGUUAACACUCUGGGGUCUGGACCAAGCAGUAGCCAGCAACCAAGAUGUCUGGCUUAUAGCAACUCCAUCUGGGUAUCCCCUCUACUCCUCUCUUGGACUUGUUGAAGUUGCCAAAGGGUCACGUUGUGGUGAACCUCAAUUCCUCAUGACCAAGUUUAUUAAACCGUAGAGGUUUUCAUAAUAACAAGACACAUGCAAUUACGAUCUGUAUUCAAUCACUCAUGCAUGACGUAAGCGUAGAUUAACAUGAUUUAUCUUCCUUUAUUUAGAUAUAUAUACAUUUAUUAGCUUAAUCAAUUCAGACAAUACGCUUACUUCAGAGUAACCAGCUCCUCAGCGCUUGUUGGGUGGAUGGCCACACAGCUGUCAAAGUCAGCCUUGGUAGCACCCAUCUUGACUGCAACACCAAAGCCCUGCAGCAUCUCACCGCUGCCCAGACCCAUAAUGUGAAGACCGACGACCUUCUCUUCAGGGCCAGCAGUAACAAGCUUGUAGUUGGUGGGGCCCUUCUGCUCAGGGUCCAUCAUGGCAUAGUACAUGGCUGUGAAGCCAGUCUUGUAGAUCUUGAUGUUGUCCUUGCCGUACUUCUCAAUAGCCUCAGGCUCGGUCAGACCGAUGCUGCCGACCUCAGGGUGCGAGAAGACCACGGAGGGAAUGUUCUCGUACGAAAGCUUGAGGUUGGAAAACUCAGCAGGGCCAAAGAGACGGUGAGAGAGGCGGCGACCAGCGGCAAUAGCAACAGGGGUAAGUUCAACACCACCGCUGACAUCACCCAAGGCGUAGACGUUCUCGACGUUGGUGUUUUGGUACUCAUCGACGACAACGUAGCCCUUUUCGUUCAGCUUAACACCAGCGGUCUCAAGACCAAGGUCCUGAGUAAGAGGCUGUCUGCCAAUGGCCCAGAUGAGGUGGUCGACAUCGGUCAACUUGGUCUCGGCACCACCGGCUUCCGUGUAGGUGACAGUGAGCUUGCCGUUGGCGUCCUUCUCGACCUUGGUGGUCUGGCUCUUCUUGUGCAAGUGGACACCAAGACGCUGGUAUUCGUUGGUGACGCUCUCUUGGAUCAUGGGGUCAAAGUUGCGCAAGAAGGUAUCGUGGCGAAUGAAAAGAUGAGUCUCGGUUCCGAGAGCGUUGAACAUGCCGGCGAAUUCGACAGCAAUGUAUCCGGCGCCGACAAUGGCAACCUUCUUGGGCUGUGUGUCAAUGUCGAAGAAGCCGUCCGAGUUGAUGCCGAGCUCGGCGCCAGGAAUGGCAGGAGGAGGAGUAGGUCUACCGCCAACGGCAAUGAGGAUCUUCUUGGCGUUGACGAGGAUCUUGGAGCCGUCGUCAAGGGUGACCUCGGCCUGGUUCUUCGAGGUCAAACGACCCCAACCGUGGACGUAUUCAACCUUGUCGUUGGCAAGGUUCCUCUCGUAGAUGCCAUUGAGGCGCUUAAUGUACGCAUCACGCUUGGUCUUGAAGGUGGUCCAGUCGAAGGGAGCAGUCUCCUGGACGGAAAAGCCGUAGGACUUGGAUUCGUGGAUGGCUUCGGCGAGGGCGGCGGCGUUGUAGGUUACCUUCUUGGGUACACAGCUGUAAGAAGAGAGCAUCUGUUAGUAUAACUGGUAUAGCGUAGAUUGUAGUGAUUGGCAACUCACCCAACGUUGACACAGGUUCCGCCGAGACGCUUGCCCUCAACAACCAUGGCCUUGACGCCAUACUUGGACGAGGCCAUGCGAGCCGAGCCGAGACCACCGCUACCGCCGCCGAUGACGAGGUAGUCGGUCUCCUUGACGAUGGGAGCCAUGGUUCUAGAUGUGGUGGAAAGGUGUCUAGAGAAGGAGGCGAUUCUUAGC